CAUUUGAAUCAUAGUAAAAAAAUAUUGAAUGAUACCAAUAUUGUUAAUAACGACAAUAUUGUUAAAGAUCCAGUAAUUAAGAAAACAGACGCGCCAAUUAUUAAGAAGGCGGAGGAAUCAAUCAUUCAGAAUGAAGAAGAUCCAAUAAAGAAGUCCGUGAAGCCAAUAAUUAAGAAAUUAGAAGAAUCAAUAAUUACGAAACCAGGCGAAAAUCCCUUACACAAACGUCUACAGAAACAAUCAGGAAUACCAGCGGGAAUUAACUUUGGUUCACUAAUUGGAGAACUGAAGAGUAAAACACGCAACGCUAGUAACGGAGGAUUGAAACCGGUCUUUAAAAAGUUCGACGCUGAAUCGGACGCCGUCGAUAGUGUGCAGGACACUUUGAAUUCGGUGGGGGAUGAUAAGAAAAAGGUCCACAUAGAUGAAAACGAGCUGGGAUCAAAUAUAUUAGCGGACAGGCGGAACAAAUUAGAAACUGCAGCGCAAGGAUGGCGCAAGCGCGUUCCACAGAACGAUGCGACGCUCUUCACCGUUGCUGGGCGUCUGGAACGCGACAAAGUGACCACGAACGUCGCGACGCCGCCGCUGACGCCACCCAACGUCGCGUCGCCCAUGGCCGUCGCUUCUCCUGGUAUUCCACCACCGAACACAUUCAGAUCCCGCAAGCAGCCAUCAUCGCCUACAAAGAACGGGUUCCCGUCGGGCCCGCUGCGUUCGGCGUCGUACGCGGUAGUGAGUGCCGCCGCCGAGCCGAAGCCCAGAGACCCGCGCCCCGAUCGCGACUCGUUCAAACGCAGCCACUCCGUCAGCGAGAGCAUCAGCCGGGUUGACGAGAGUAUGUAAUUCUUGCGUGUUAAUUUGAGUUUUAAGCAUACGCCAAAUCUAGUAUGUAGAACAUAUAUAUCGAUAGUUGUGACGCUAUGUUUUAUGUGUCGUGGCAGGCUCGCGAGCGAGUGGAGCCGUCGCGCCCGACGCGAGCGGCGCCACGCGGCCUCGCGCAACCCGCUCAAGGCACUCGCGGCCCGCGCCGACAUACGCGAGGAGUACGUGCCGCCGCCCUCCACCAACAUACGGGAGCAGUUGAUCAAGGAGAAAGUGACAGCUAACGUAGGCCUGGCAGCAGAAGCCCUGGCAGCGUUGGCGAGCAAGGAGGACUUCUCCAACGUGGCGCUGCGCAGCGCCGCCGCGCCCGUCUCCGCGCACGGCACCAAGCCGCUCAUGCUGCUGCACGUCAAGGGUAGGAGGCGAGUGCAGGUGAGAGCGGUUAGCUGCACAAUAAUAGGCUUUAUUGACUACCGGUCCAUCGACGAGCAAGUCAAGAACUACACCAACAAACAUUGGAUCCAAUUUUGGUCACUACUUGGCGUAACAGAGGAAGUUGAGAACUACAAACCGAUUGAAACCGGUCACGCGGACGAAGAUGAGAUAUUCGAGUCGUGCAUCGUCCAAACCAACAUGUGCUACGAGGUCCUCGACGACGAGUUGGUGCCAAUCAAAGAAUAUUGGGGCCAAGUACCAAAGAUCGCCAUGCUCAACCAAUCGAAAGUGAUAGUUUUCGACUUCGGUUCAGAAAUGUACAUUUGGUACGGCAAGAAUGUGCCGCUCGAGAGCCGACGACGAGCGGCACAGUUGGCCCAGGAGCUCUUCGAUGAGGGUUACAACUAUGAGGAGUGUCAUAUCAACCCGUUGAACGCUGCCAUGUACCAAGGCGCCAGGGUGGACUCCGACGCGCCGACCAAAGUGUCCAAAACUCGACCCGAAUGGGCCAUUUUGUCCAAAGUCACACAGCACAUGGAAUCCAUAUUGUAAGAGAAAUUCCUCGACUGGCCCGAUUAUACCAGAGUCAUAAAGGUGAAAACGCAAGAGAAUAAAACCAACUCCAUUGAGAUCAAACCCUGUGAUGCGGAGGAGAUGUGGUCCAAUGAGUACCAGGAACCUGAUCUGGUCUUAGAAGGGUCCCAUUUAGGCCGCGGCACGCAUUACUACGACAAAGAAAACAUGAGACACUACGAUAUCAACACGAAAUCCGUGUGCAAAUGGGAAAUACGCGAAUACGAUUAUCAGAAAGUCGAUAGUGAGCCUGAAGUCGGAGAAUUCUUCUCCGGCGACAGCUACAUUAUUCGAUGGGAGUACCAAAUUACAGUGUCUGGUCGAGAGUUGAACGGAAAGCCUUCGAAACACAACGUGACGGGUCGAGAUCGGUGCGCAUACUUCUGCUGGCAGGGGAAAGAUGCGACGUCCAACGAGAAAAGCGCCGCUGCGUUGCUCACGGUCGAGUUGGACAAGGAAAAGGGGCCACAAGUGCGCGUCGCCCAGGGCAACGAACCGCCCGCCUUCCUCAAUCUCUUCCAGGGCAACUUGGUCAUCCAUCAGGGCAAGCGGGACGUCGACAAAAGUCGAUACAGGUUGUUCGUCACUCGCGGUAACGUGUCCAACGAGGCGUACUUAGUGCAGGUUCCGUGUUCCGUGCGUCAACUACGCAGCCGCGGCUCGAUGCUUCUAGUCGAUACGGAGAAAGGAUGCCUUUACAUCUGGCACGGCUCCCGAAGCCUCAAGCACACGAAGAACGUAGCGAUAGAGUUGGCGAACAAAAUGAUCGCUAGGAAAACGAACUACUUAUACAGCGGUGAUUGGAAGAUCACCGAAGUGAGGGAGGGCGAGGAGCCCAAAGAGGUGCUGGAAGCGUUGGGCGUCGCGAACAAGCAGUCGUACAACUCGGUGAUGAGCGGCGGCAAGGAGUCGGGCGGCGACGUGACGCCUCGGCUAUUCCACUUCACGGACCUCAGCGGUCAGUUCGAAGCCAACGAGGUGUUGUCGCCGCUGCGGCACGAACAUCUGGUGACACCCUUCCCUUUUGAACAAAAGGAGUUGUAUUCGGCUUCGCAACCUGCUUUAUUCCUGUUGGACGACGGCAAAAACGUGUGGCUGUGGCAAGGAUGGUGGCCUCGGGGCGAAGACGGGGAGCUGGAGUCCGCGGAGAUUAACACUGGUGUGGGCGCGUUCGCGGCGCGGUGGCAAGCUCUGCGCGCGGCGGCGCUCGGCUCGGCAGCUCGAGUACGUGCGCGUGUCCAGCGACCACCGCGACCCGACGUGCGCGUGGUGGUCGCCGGCCUCGAGCCGCGCGCCUUCACCGACCUGUUCGACAUAUGGACCGACCACGACCUCGCCGCCGAGGCCAAUAUCGCCACGGGGCACAAGGCGGGCGCGGUGACGAGCGGCGCGGGCGAGCUGUCGCGCAUGCGCGGCGCGGGCGCGCUGCUGCCGCUGGCCGCGCUGCAGCGCCGCCCGCUGCCCGACCACGUCGACCCGCACCACCUCGAGAAACAUCUCUCCGAACAGGACUUCCUGGAGGCUUUCGGUAUGACCAAAGAAGAUUUCUCAGUUCUGCCCGCUUGGAAGCAGACGAACCUGAAGAAGGACGUCGGCCUGUUUUGACCGAUCUGUCCUCACGCACUCGUUGAAUUCGUACACCUCGCGCGCUCGGCGGUGCGCCGCCUCGUGCGCAAGGAAUAGCGGCCCGGCGGGAACUCAACCUCACGGAGAAUCGGUUCAUAUCGAUACAAACGUAGUCUAAUCGAUAUCGAUGCAUUCACUCGUGUCUUACACUCAUGAACCGUGAUAAUACUUUUUACUCGGGCUCGGUCCCGUUCUGCAACGGCGGUAUGUCUGUUAGAUGUCGAUGCGCCCGCUCACGUGCCGCGCUCUCGUUGUUGAAGUAUCGAUUAAGAAGGUCUCAAUAUCAUAGUCGAGUUUGACGUUUACUUGUCUCACUCUGUAUAGGAUAAAUAUUUUGUACAACUGCAGCUAUUUCGUACUUUUUUACUGAAUAUCCAUGGAUUUGAUGAAUAUAAAAAUUAAUUAUAAGAACACGCUUUAAAUUCUAUAGUUAAAUAAAGAAACUAUUGUCGUUUUGUACUAACUAACGGUAUGUACCAAACUAUGUAUUCGCUCUCGUGAUAUUUUCAUGUAACCGCAGUAGAACUAGACAAUAUAAUUAUAUAUAUAUAAAUGUGGAUUUGGACGUUGGAAUUGUAUCGUCGCGUCGGCGUAGAGUGUUGUAUAUUCAUUUGUCGCAUCCGUGCUGUUGCGCACGAAACGUGUUUUUGUAUAUAGUUGUUUUUCAUUAUUUAUUUCUUAACACAGCAAUUCUUUGUAUUGUAUUUUAACGUCAGUUUUAAUAUGAGUUUGUAAAGUGAAAUAUUAAUUUUGUUUUAAUUUUAGAUGUUUGUUUUAUAGUUAGCACCGUGGAUGUGACAAUGAUUUUUAAUGGUGAUAUUUUUCGAUGUAAAAACAUUCGAUUUUGUUGGACAACGCGUAAAGCCAAAGAGAUAGCUUUGAUAGCAUUGUCGAUUGUUGGGAUUUUGUUUACGAUGUAAUGAUAAAGAAACGCGGCAGUUCGACAGAAUCGAACGUUGUAACGUUUUAGUAAGGCAAAUGUGUCUGGUCAAAGAAUGGUUAUAUGUUAUAAAGCGCUAGGUAUACAAACACAUACUUUACUAUAAUUAUUCGCUUUAGUGGUAGGCUUGUGCGUUGUUGCGGUUGAAAUUGUACACGGAACGUAGCGUUUAGUUUCACGUAAACUGUUGUAAGUGCAAAAUGUAUUAACAGGUCCAUUAUAAAGUAAAAUCCUCUAUGAUUAUAAAAAUAUACUUAUUUCCAAUUUGUGAUUACCAAAUUAAUGUUUAAAACUAUUUUAAAGAAAUGCAAUGAUUUUUAAAUCACUAAUAUUUCACUUACUGCAAUAUACGUAGGACAAGAUGCAAUCAGCGUUCUCGAAGUCAGUACUUGCUAAUUAAUGUAAAAUUUCAACGGCCCAAUGCCUAUAUAUUUUAACACAUCACAUAUCUUAAAUAUCUACUCAUUGCUAAUAUUUUAUACUGUGCGUUAGGUGGACCAUGAUAAACUUUUUAUAUAAUACGAACAGUUCCCAAUAACAUAGCGCUAAAUGCUUGACUUUACAUUUUGUUGCCAAAUUGUUAACUAAAAUGUUAUUAUUUUAAUAUUGUCACUUACGUCUAUGAAUGUCGUAAGGGACUUUAUUAAAUUUAUUUAAUUCUUUGUUAUUGUUUUAUUAGCUGUUUGCGGACUGAGCCGCGUAAUAAAUUUGCCAGUAUUGUAAGUAUGUACUGCCAAUGAGUAGAAGAUUAACGAUGAAGUCAUACCUUAGUUAACUAUUAACCGUUUAUUUAUCUCCUAAGAUGCAUUUACGGCGAACCUGUCGCGGGCCUACCGUGAAAAAAAACUUCUCAAAUCCAAUGUUUAAUGUUUUGCUUUGGUUGUGUCACUUAUAUUAUAAUUAUUACUGUAUUUGAGAUUUAUUUUGUAUAAUAAUGAUAUAAUAAAUUGCUAAAACUUUAA